AUGGAAUAAUUAAAUCCCACUUUAUAGGGUUAAUAAAAAUGUUAGCUAAAAGUUGCGGAGUGGAGGUAUUUUCAUGAGGGUGAGGUUGAUAUUUGCAAAUAUUGUCCAGAAUGUCCAUAAGAAUGUCCCAAUAAACGAGCCAAAGAUCAAUUGCUACUUUAGCAUCCUUUUUACAAUUUUGAUCUAUAUUUAAUAAUAUUAAAAUUUAAUACCUUAUGGAGACUAGCGCAUUUAGAUAAAAAGGGCAGAAUUCAAAAGUGUCCAACUUUGAGAAUGUUGAGAAUCAAUACAAUAAAAAUCUCAUCUUGCUUACCACAUAAGUUGAAAGGCUUACAUAGGCUUUAAAGAAGAAAACCAAUGAAGUUGAAAUCCUCUAGAAUUAAAUUGAUACUUAGAAAUCAACCCCCAAUAUCCAUAGGAAAUGGAAGAAUUGAUUACGUUGAAGAAUAAACUAAAGAAAUUGAAAAAUGGGCUUAAAAGUAUUAAAAUUUGCAAUAAAAGAAUCAGCAAUUGCAAUAGAGAAAUUAAGAACUGGAAUAAAUAGUGUAAUUACUUAAAACCCAAUCUUAAUAGGAGAUAAAGUCAACUGAAAGUCUUCCAUCCAAGCGAUUUUAUUAAUCAGAACUAGGUAGAAAUGAAAAUAAGUUUGAAUCUGACGAAAAAAAUUUCAUUUCUUAGUCAAAACUAUAAUCCAAAUAGGAUGAGAUCAAUUAAUUGAAAUUGCAAUUAGGGUAAUUAAAAUAAGAACUUUUGGAAGAGAAGCAAAUUCAUAGAGAACUACUUGAAGCCGAAGAGACCAGAGUUAGGGAAUAAGAGAGAAAGAAUUUUAAUCAAUAUAAACUAGAAACUAAAGAAUAAUUGUUAUUAUACAAGAAUGAAAUUCAGGCUUUAUAAGACAUGUUAGAGAACAAGCAAAUGGUUAACAAGCAAGAUAACUUUGAAGAAAAGAAUCGUUAACUUAACUUAUAAAUUUUAGAGAAGAACAAGAAAAUAGAAUAAUUGGAAAGUCUCAUUGCAUAAAAGGAUUCACAAAUAAACCAAUUGCAAUAGCAACUAGAAAAAUAUCAAAAAGAAUAAGUCUAAUUAAUUAAAUAGUAGUAAUCAUAAAAAUAACUAACACUUCCUUCCUCCUCUUCUACUUGCAGAGUAAUAUCAACUUAGCAUUCCUCCUUAGAUAAUAAUUAUAGCUCCUUGGUUAACAUCAACAAAACUAACUCUAUUUAGGAUUAAAUCAAUCAAACUAUGGCUUAAAUCAAUAGAUCCAUUCAGUAAGUUGAUCAAAUGAAGUAAACAAGCAGCGUUAAUCAAAAACUAUAUUAAGAAUAAUUUAACUAUAGCAAUAUCCCCAGUUCUUUGAGGAGUUCACAAAUGCCACAAAUGCAAUCUAAUUUAGUCAUCCAAGACAAGAUGAAAAUUUUAACCUCAUAAUCCCAAUAGUACAAUAGUUAAAACUAUAAUAAAUAUAUAUGA